AUGACCCACAAGGGCAUCGAUAGUGCAGACGACGACCCUUUUAUCUCUGACACAGACACCGCCGUGGAGACACUCUUCAAGUCGAAACUGCGAACCGCACACGCAGAACCCAAACCCGACAAACCGCGUGUGAUCCCUGCGCCGUUGAAAGUGUACAGGUCCACCGACAACCAAACCGUACACCUUCAUCCCCUAAAGCUCGCUACCAGCGAUCCUGAUAACUCGACGCCAUCCAAAACACCCAGCAGCACGACGGAACGGCCCGUACGAGCGCGACCCCCACCCCUCCCGAUCAAAAUCGUUCCCUUUGGGACAUCCAGCCCUCGUUCUCGGCGCAGAGAACCCCCCAAGCCAUCUACCAGGGUCCAGACGCCGUCAGCAGCCACGCCGCAGCAGAGAGGCCUCCCCGCGCGCAAGAGCCCCCAGACACCGCGCAUGCCUGACCCAUCGGUCACCCGCUACAACAGCAGCCUCCAGUCGUUGCGCGUGGAGAUCAACGCGAGCAUUGCUGCCAUCCAUGCCCUGAUCGACGAGACCACCGAGCUGCAGGAGGCGCGCCGGGCGACGCGCAAUUUUCGCCGCUCUGCGUCGUUCUGGAGCUUCAGUCCUGUAAAGGACGGCAGCGUGCGUGCCCGUGAGACGCCUGUUUUAUCCGCACGCGGAGCGACUAUCCAUGAGACGAAGGAGCAGCGGAUUGCGAGAUUGCGUGCCGACGGUUGGAACACGGUUGGGUUGAAGGCGGUCCAGCGGGGAUGGAAGGGCGCAGAGUACUAUCAGGCGUAUUUCGAGAUGACACUUACGACCAAUAAUGAUAAUGAUACUAGCACCUGCAGCAGGAAUCAAUCCUUCGCUCGAAUGACGACCCAGGAUGCUAUAAUAUUACUAGAGUGGCACUCAGGCAUUUCCCCAACCUCAGCACCUUAUUCUCCCACAAUGAUGAUCAAUUGGCUUGGGGCGGCCGUUCUGGCCAGCACGGCUUCGGCUCUACAACUGGAUAUCAACGACCCUCAAUCCAUCAAGGAUGCCGCCGCAACGGCCUCCUUCAACAUGAUGAGCAAAUACACGGGCAACCACACCGGCGGGACACCAGGUUACAUCCCGCAGUCGUACUCUACAGGCGCGCAAGUGUUCGCCACGCUCAUAGACUACUGGUACUACACAGGCGACGGGUCCAACAACGCCGCCGUGCAGCAAAGCAUGUACUGGCAGCGCGGCGACAACAACGACUACAUGCCGACGAACUACAGCGCGUUCAUGUCCAACGACGACCAAAUCGCCUGGGGUCUUGCGGCGAUGCGCGCUGCCGAGGUGAGCUUCCCGGCGGAGGACGACAAGCCGUCGUGGACAACGCUGGCGGCGAACGUCUUCGACGACUUGGCGCAGCGGUGGGACACGGACAUCUGCGGCGGUGGGCUGCGCUGGCAGCCCUGGCCGUACCAGGCGGGAUACAUGCUGAAGUCGGCGUUGGUGAACGGGGGCUUCUUCGAGCUGGCGGCUCGACUGGGCCUCCAGACUGAUAACCAGACGUAUGUACAGUGGGCGGAGAAGGUCUGGGACUGGAGCGUGACGGUCGGGUUGGUGCGGAAUGAUACGUGGGCGGUCAAGGAUAGCACCGACGUCGCCGACGACUGUGGGAAGUUUGGCGCGCUCCAGUGGACGAUCAAUUAUGCUUCGUAUUUGGGGGGCGCGGCGUCGAUGUAUAACCUGACGCACGGAGAUGCAAAGUGGAAGUCUGGGGUCAGUGGGCUUCUCAACUCCACCUUGAAGACGUUCUUCCCGCAGAAGUACGGUGGCGGCGAGGUCAUGACGGAGGUCGUCUGUGAGCCUAUCGAUACUUGCGCCAAAGACCAGGUUCUGUUCAAGGGCAAGCUGGCAUCCGCGCUGGCGUUCACUUCCGCGGUCGCGCCGUACACGGCCGCGGAUAUCUUGCCCAAGCUGAAGAGCUCGGCGGUGGCUGCGGCGAAGCAAUGCAGCGGUGGUGCCAACCAGACGCUCUGCGGUCGACGCUGGUACCAUGCAGACUGGGAUGGAACGGCCAACAUGCAGGAGCAGGUGAGCGCGACCAGCUUGUUCGCGUCGAACCUGGUACAGGAGCGCGAGGCUGCGGGGGCUACCAGUGCGACCAGUGACAACAACAGUGUUGGGAAUGAGACCAGUGCAGCUGGUCAGAAUAAAGACAGCAAGGACAACGGGAGUCGUGGUAUGGGAGUGUCGUCCAUGGCAUUGGUAGUUGGCCUGGUGGUGUGUCAACUGGUGAGAUGGGCGUAG